CGGGAACAUUGGCCCCUGAUAAGCAAGGUGGGCUGCUGAGUCACUGGACUCAAUUUCAAUGACUCGCAAAUACCACUGAAGGCUCUCAGACUGUUCUGAAAAAGCAGAUCUCAGUUCUUUGUUGUCAGUCAUUAACACCUUUCUGUAUAUUACAUAUGCAUUUGUUUGGAUGACAUUUUGAUGUACCAGUGGGUCUGGACGUGACUCAAACUGUUUGCAGGUGAAAUCUUGAAGACUUUAGAGCUGCCUUGUUGAAAAUGGACAGUGGGUCUGCUGGUGCUGGGAAUCAGCUUCUCCACUUGGACGUCCAAAUCGAUGAACUGAACCCACGUAGAGGAAUCCUGGACCUCCUCAAAAGACUGCGUCCUCGGUGGAAGGCACAGGACAUUCAGAUGAAGACAUUCACAGAAGGAAUCACCAACCAGCUGAUCGGCUGCUACGUGGGCUCUCUCCAGGAGCCUGGUUGUGUCCUGGUGCGUCUGUAUGGCAGAAUGACGGAGCUCUACGUGGACAGGGACCGCGAGGUGGAGAUGUUCCAGGUCUUCCAUGCCCAUGGGUGUGGUCCACAAAUCUACUGCAGCUUCCAAAAUGGCAUCUGCUAUGAGUUUGUUCGAGGAACAGUGCUGGAUGAUGAGCUGCUCCGGCAGCCCUCCAUCUACAGAUUGAUUGCAGCAGAGAUGGGGAGAAUCCACUCCAUCCAGCCAAAAUGUGGUCGGCCUGUUGAGCCUCUUCUCUGGACAAAAAUGUCCCAGUUUCUCAUACUGGUGCAGGACAGCAGCAACAGCAGUCCCGCUGAGCGUCGUUGCUCAACAAGUCCCAUGGCCAUGCGAGAGGUGCCCAGCAUUGAGACUUUGUCAGGUGAAAUGGACUCUCUGAAGAGACACCUUUCGCAGAUCGAUUCUCCAAUUGUCCUCUGCCACAACGACCUUCUGACUAAAAACAUCAUCUACAACCACAAAGAGGGAACGGUGAAAUUCAUUGACUACGAGUACGCCGAUUACAACUACCAGGCUUUCGAUAUUGGCAAUCACUUCAAUGAAUUUGCUGGUGUGAACGAGGUUAACUACAGCCACUACCCGAGCCGGGAGCUGCAGAGGGACUGGCUGACGGCCUAUCUGGAGAGUUACAAGCACGGCUCAGGACGUGAGGUCACGGUUACAGAGGCAGAAGUUACACAGCUCUACAUUCAAGUCUGCAAAUUCUCACUGGCAUCCAACUUGUUCUGGGGUCUCUGGGCCAUCCUGCAGUCACGGUACUCCUCAAUUGACUUUGACUUCCACAGAUCAGCGACAGGGCCCCCACCUCAUUUCGAUCUGGACCUUGGAGGAAAUGUGAUCCAGAGGGGUGCCGAGGCACAGAGGCACUAUUGUUCCCAUGCCGUCGGUCCUCCCUUACAUAUACGUCUCUCAUCCCUGGCUGGGCCACAUGUGCCUGCGAGACGUCUGCUCCUCUAAACUGCCGGCUGAGGUUGUCCUAAAGUGCAUGAUAUGCCAUGGCACGUCUCAGCUACUACUUUGAGAAGAAGGAAGAAUAUUUUGGACUGAUGUUGUCCCAGAGGGAAAGGACAUAGGACCAACACUUUUAAACCAGAAGAAAAGAAGAGUUUUCAGCGAUGUCCUCCUUUGUCACUUCCUGCAGCACUACGUGAAGCCAGUGUGGAAACGAAGCCAUAGAAUAAGCUUCUAAAUGUGCUCCCCAUUGUUUGUUUUUUCAGGCUGUAGUGUGAGUUAAUAUGUUUUGCUAUCACUGUGCUUUUUAAAAUAUUUGUUUUACCACAGACGGUAUGCCGAUAAGCCUAUUUGGCAAAUUGAGAUUACACUCAUGCCAGAAGCACAUUAAUUGUUCCCACAUUUAGCCGAGUCGCAAGAAGCCACAAAAACUGAGCCCAGUCAUAAAACGUUAUUAUUUGCAUGCUUAUUCAGUGCACACCACAGUUCUGAUGGAAAACAAGUUUCCAGUUCAACUUUUUACCGUACCAAGAAGUGCAUUAUUUUAAAUCUUUCCCUUUCAUAAGGACUAUUGUGUAAAGCUACUUUUUAUGUACCUUAAAUGCUGUUCAUCGUUAAUACAGUGUAUUGCACAUUUUAAAAUUUACUGCCAAUCCGUCAACAUGCUAAAACAGUGUGUAACAACAGUGUAAAACAGUAUUUGAUUC